UUGUACCCCCCAGGACGGGGCCAUGGCAGGGCUGGGGGGGGCUGAGGGCCCCAGCCCCUGCAUGAGUGUGGCCUCCCAGUUCUUCAGCAAGGAAGAGUGUGGCAGUGAUGGCGUGAGCACUUCCGAGCGGGUGGUGGAUCUCCUCAACCAGGCAGCUUUGAUCACCAAUGAUUCCAAGAUCAACAUCCUCAAGCAGGUGCAGGAGCUGAUCAUCAACAAGGACCCGACGCUGCUGGACAGCUUCUUGGAUGAGAUCAUCACCUUCCAGGCUGACAAGUCCAUCGAGGUGCAGAAGUUUGUGGUGGGCUUCAUCGAGGAGGCCUGCAAACGGGACAUCAAGCUGCUGCUGAAGCUUAUCGCCAACCUCAACAUGCUGCUCAAGGAUGAGAACGUCAACGUGGUGAAGAAGGCCAUCCUCACCAUGACCCAACUCUACAAGGUGGCUUUGCAGUGGAUGGUGAAAUCGAAGGUGAUCAGCAAGUUACAGGAAGCUUGCUGGGAGAUGACGGCGGCUAUGGCCAGCAACAUCAUCCUCCUCGACUCGGAUAACGACAGCAUCCGCACCCACGCCAUCAAGUUCGUGGAGGGACUCAUCAUCACCCUGUCACCCCGCAUGGCCGACUCCGACGUCCCCAAACGUCACGAGAAUGACAUCAGCCUUGAGCGCAUCCCCAAAGACCACCCUUAUAUCAAAUACAAUGUGCUGUGGGAGGAAGGUAAAGCCGCCCUGGAGCAGCUCCUCAAGUUCAUGGUGCACCCGGCAAUCUCCAGCAUCAACCUGACAGCCGCGCUGGGUUCCCUGGCCACUAUCGCCCGCCAGCGGCCCAUGUUCAUGGCCGAGGUCAUCCAAGCCUACGAGACCCUUCAAGCCAACCUGCACCCUACCCUGGCCAAGUCGCAGGUGAGCAGUGUCUGUAAGAACCUGAAGCUGCACCUCCUCAGCGUCCUGUGGCACCCAUCCUCGGGGGACUUCCAGCCCCAGAUCACCACCCUCCUCGUCGACCUGGGCACCCAACAGGCCGAGAUUGCCUGCAGCAUGCCCAGCCCCUGCGACGCCCGCAAACGACCCCGUGACGAGCCCGACACCACCCUCAAGAAGAUGAAGAUCGAACCCCCGGGCGAGGAUGACGAGGACAAAGACCUGGAGCCGACGACGGUGACGGCACCUAAAGCGACCGGCCAGACCAACGUCCCCUCAGACACGGACAUCACCGCCGAGUUCCUGCAGCCGCUUCUCGCCCCGGAAAACGUCGCCAACCUGGCGCUGAUCAGCAUGGCGUACCUCCCUAAGGCCAUGCCCACGUCCUUCCAGGCCACCUACACCCCUGUGGAGUCAGCUGGCACCGAGGCGCAGAUCAAACACCUCUCCUGGCUUAUGGCCACCCAGAUGACGGCAGCGGGACUUGGCCCCGGCGUGGAGCAGACGAAACACCUGAAGGAGGAACCGAAGGAGGAGAAGGCAGCCAAGCCGGAGAGUGUGGUGAUCAAGCGGCGGCUGUCAGCGCUGUCCCAGGGCCAGGCCAUCUCAGUGUUGGGUGCCCAAGGUUCGGCCGCCAACCUGCUAGAGGAGGAAGCCCCCCAAACCAAACGUUGCCCUGAGCCCAUCAUCCUGGCCAUGUAGCCCCAGCUGGCGGGCGCUGGUGGCCGUAAGAAGGUUUUCUGUCUGGCCGAUGUCCUCAAGUUGCUGAGCGACACGCAGAUGGAGAAGCUGAAGCUGAGCACCGUCAAACGCAUCCUGUGUGCCGAGUGCGCCAUCGCCUGCAGUGGGGCCGCCCAGGCUCACGUGAAGAUCUUGGCCUCACUGGUGACGCAGUUUGAGGUGCCACUGAAGAGUGAGGUGCUGGCCUUCAUCCUCGAUGACAUCCAUGGCCGCUUGGGCCUGGCUUUCGCCUGGCUUUUCCAGGAGUACAACGCCUAUCAUCUGAGCCAAUUCCCCACCAGCAACCUGGAAUGCCAUGACGAGUGUCUCAUUGGGCUCCUCGCUGGUCUCCAGGAGAAGUCCGACCAGAAGGACGGGAUUUUCACCCAAGUGGUGCUGGAGGCGCUGCUGAUCACCAAGAGCGCGCUGGAAGUCAUCCGUAAAUACUGUGAGGAUGAGAGCUGGACCUACCUAGGCAUGUCCAUGCUGCGUGACCUCAUCUUCAAGUGGCCGUUGCGGCAAUUCCAGUACCUCCAUGUCCUGAUGGACCUCAGCUCCCACGAGAAGGACAAGGUACGCCAGCAGGCCCUCCUCUUCAUCAAGCGCAUGUACGAGAAGGACCAACUGUGGGAGUACGUGGAGAAGUUUGCCCUCAACUACCUGCAGCUCUUGGUGCACCCCAACCCACCCUCUGUCCUCUUCGGGGCCGACAAAGACGGGUGAGUGGCGGUGCCAUGGACGGAGGAGACCAUCAAGCAAUGCCUCUACCUCUACCUGGCGUUGCUGCCCCACAACCACAAGCUUAUCCAUGAGUUGGCUUCUGUCUACACCGAGGCCAUCGCCGACAUCAAGCGCACCGUCCUGCGGGUCAUCGAGCAGCCGAUCCAUGGGAUGGGGAUGAAUUCGCCCGAGCUGCUGCUGCUGGUGGAGAACUGUCCCAAGGGAGCCGAGACGCUGGUGAUGUGCUGCCUGCACAGCCUGACGGACAAAGAUAGGGGACGGAGAGGAUGCAGCGGGGUGGCAUGUGCCUGGCAGUGACGUGCCACCUCCUCCUGGCAGUGCCUCCCUCGCCCAAGCUGGUGAAGAGGGUCCGCGACCUCUAUCACAAGCGGCUGCUGGACGUGAGGUUCCUCAUCCCCGUCUCAACGGGCCGGAGAAGGU